AUGAAGAGCAAGAAGAGAAACGAGUGGCAAAAAGCAAUGCGCGAGGAGCUGGACGCGCUCAAAAGGAACGAAGUGUGGCGUCUGGCGCUCCGAUCAAGCAGCAGCAACGUUCUCCACAGUAAAUGGGUCUAUAAGACUAAGACGACUGCUGAUGGAGAUUUGGAAAGGCACAAAGCGCGCCUCGUUGCCUGCGGUAAUGAACAAGUUUUUGGCGUGGACUACGCGCUAACUUUCGCUGCCGUCAUGGACAUGACGACAAUGAAAGUAAUCUUGGCGUUAGCUGCUACAUGGGGCGUCCCGGCUAAGCACGGAGACGUCCCCAAUGCUUACGUAAAAUCAGAGAAGGAAAAACAUCUCGAGAUUCUGAUGCAUGUCCCCAAGGGCAUGACGAUUGAUACAAGGGAGUUAAAAGAACUGGGGGCAACGAAGAUUGAAGAUGUCGUGGUUGAUCUGAAGAAAAGUCUUUAUGGCUUAAAGCAGGCAGGGCGAUUGUGGAGCCAAUUGCUUAACAAUCGGCUAUUGGAAGCCGGAUUUACUCGCUGCAUCAGCGACCUCUGCUUGUAA